AUGCUUUCUCAUCGCCUGCUACUCAGAAUGGAAAUUUUUCCAUGAAUAGUGCUUCUCCUUCACAGAUGCAAGCAUUGAUGGUCGCUCAAGACUUCAACAGAGACUCUAAUUGGUACCCAGACUCUGGGGCGACUAAUCAUGUUACAAAUGAAUUUGGAAACUUCUCACUUGGAUCUGAGUAUCAUGGUGAUGGUAAAAUUCAAGUUGGAAAUGGGACAGGAUAUCAAAACUGGCCAGCUGCUUCUUCAAGGGAAAGUUCAUGAAGGGUUAUACCAAUUCGAGUUGCAAAAGGCUUCAUCUCCACCUUUAUCCAAUGUCAGUUUGAGUCAUCCCUCUCCCUGUAAUGAUUCUUCCACUGUUCUUACUACAACCUUAAAUUUUUCUGAUUCUCCUAUGUUGCAUUCUCCUAUUGUUUGUAAUUCUUCUGCUUUAGAUAUCUGGCAUAGACGAUUAGGUCAUCCGGCUUUCUCUACUGUUCAACAUGUAUUGCGUCUAUGUAAUAUUUCUGUUUCUUCAAAUAAAAUACAUUCUUUGUGUCAUGCGUGUGCUAUAGCUAAAUCUCAUAAUCUCCCUUUUCAAUCCUCUCAAACCCAAUAUCAUGCUCCACUCCAAUUGGUUGUUGCAGAUUUAUGGGGUCCGGCCUUUGUGUCUUCACGCAAUGGUUUUCGCUAUUUCAUUAGCUUUGUUGAUGCUUAUUCUCGUUAUACAUGAAUUUAUUUUCUGCAUAAUAAAUCUGAAGUCUUUCAAGCCUUCUUAUUGUUUAAAAAUCUUUCUGAAAAAUCCCUGAACUGUUCCAUUCUCCGUCUUCAAACGGAUGGUGGUGGUGAAUUUCGUUCCUUUGCUCCUUUUCUUCAAAACAAUGGUAUUGAACAUCGCAUGUCCUGUCCAUAUACUUCACAACAAAAUGGCCUUGUCGAAAGAAAACAUCGUCAAGUUGUUGAUAUGGGUCUUACGCUCUUAUCUCAAGCUUCCAUUCCGUUGUCCUUCUGGGAUGAUGCUUUUUCCACCGCUGCUUAUCUCAUUAACAAACUUCCCACUACGGCUCUUCAUGGACUUUCCCCUACUGAAAAGUUGUUUGGCCAUCCC